AUGGAAUCCGGAAUCAAGCAGGAUACACGAAAUAGGUUAUCCACUUUUUGGGUUCCAACCGGCGGCGUUGCCGAAAAGUCGAAAAAGAAAGAUGGAAAUGAGCUCCUGGUCAGAGCUGGGUUUAUUCGGCAGGCGUACUCAGGGAUAUUUCACCUUCUCCCUCUGGGUCUCCGAGUCCAGCAAAAGCUGGAAAACUUGAUAGACAAGCACAUGCAAUCUAUAGGGGCGUCUAAGCUGUCACUAUCAUCUCUCUCCUCUCAGGAGCUAUGGAAACGGUCUGGGAGACUAAAUGAUGACUCUGAGAUAUUCCGGUUUAAUGAUCGAAAGGGUGCCAGCUUUCUUCUUGCGCCUACUCAUGAAGAAGAAAUCACUGCCUUAGUGGGCAGCCUAGUCAAGUCAUAUAGAGAUCUCCCACUGCGGGUAUAUCAAAUUACCAGAAAGUAUCGGGAUGAGCCUCGACCUCGUCAGGGGCUGCUACGUGGCAGAGAAUUUCUGAUGAAAGAUCUGUAUACGUUUGACUAUAGCGCGGAGAAGGGCCUAGAUACCUACAAUACGGUGAAAGAAGUAUACACGCGAAUCUUUGAUGAUUUGAGACUUCCGUACCUUGUCGCCGCUGCCGACUCGGGUAACAUGGGGGGGGAUCUAAGUCAUGAAUUCCAUUUUGAAAACCCAAAUGGCGAGGAUACUGUGAUUACUUGCACCAACUGCAGCCAUGCGUUUAACGAAGAAAUAGCCGAUGGGCGCGGGCCCAAAGUCGAGAACAGACAAGAGCCCGAACACUCAGAGCCAUUUGGUCCAUCACCACCUCCAGCAAUUUCUACGGGUGAAUGGGUAACGAUUUCAAGAGAUAAAAGCAUGCUCGUCCGUGCAUACUACCCGAAAUACUUGUUCGACGAGGGAAUAUCCGAACCAGUCGAGAGACAGAUCAAUUCGCACGCGCUUCAAUCAGUUGCACGCGCUUAUGGAGCUGAGCUUGACCUUGGGGUCAAAAAUCCACUAGAAGCAUGGAAAAUCCAGGCUAAUUGUCCAGAACCCGGAGACCGGAACUUGCGCGUGUUGGAUGUAUAUGACUUUCGUGUGCGACCGUUUGACAAACCCCCUCUAAAUGAACUACUGGAUAGUGAGACCGCCGAAAGGGCGAAAGUUCAGUUUCGUUCACUUCACUGUUAUCCAGGAACCACCGACUCUCUCGACCUGCUUCGCGUUGCAUCUGGUGAUAAGUGCUCUCGGUGCGGAGAGGGUGUAUUGCACCCUCACACCACGAUUGAACUAGGCCAUACGUUUCACCUGGGCACGAGGUACAGCAGUGCUCUACAGGCAAAUGUAGCUGUGGAUCCCACUAAACUAAUAGGGGGUAAAGGGCCGGAGGGGGCUAGCAGUGUUCUUGUUCCGCUAGAAAUGGGUUGCCAUGGCAUUGGUGUCUCACGUAUGAUUUCAGCAGUGGCUACUAUGCUUGCCGACCACAAAGGCCUCAAAUGGCCGCAAGUUAUCGCCCCUUUUUCCGCGGUAAUUUGUUUUGGGAAAGGGUUUGAGCAAGACGCCGAACAGGUGUAUGAUGCACUCGUCUCGGGCCAGAUGAGCCCAAUAGAUGCGGUUUUGGAUGAUCGGUCCCAUACCUUUCCCUGGAAACUGAAAGAUGCCGACCUCAUUGGAUUUCCGGUAAUUCUAGUGCUUGGAAAGCAAUGGAGAUCAUCAAAGCUGGUGGAAGUACAAUGUCGACAGCUGGAUAAUUUCAAAGACGACGUCCCCUUGAAUGAGCUUCCGUCGGUGGUCUCUUCGCUUCUGGCCAAGCUAUAA